AUGAUCCCCUCGCUUGCCGUCAUCGUUUUGUACUUCAUCCAUAAUCUUCUGGCACGCAUCUUCGCAGCAACCAUGUUCUCGGCCCUAUUCUCCAUGACGUUGGCGCUCUUGACCCAGGCUCGGCCUCCGGAGAUCUUUGGAGCCACAGCUGCAUUUGCGUCGGUACAGGUGGUUUUCAUUGGAAGCACUGGCGUUGAAAAGUGA